AAAAAAAAAAGUAACUGAUGCACUUGUUCUUCCUUCUGAGCUGAAAAAAAAGGAAAAAAGGGAAAAGGUUCAAUUAGGGUUUGUGAAUCGAAAUUUCUUUAGAAAGCGCGAAAGAUGAGCCGGAAUUUAGGGAUUCCAGUGAAGCUUCUUCACGAGUCUUCCGGUCAUACAGUGACGGUGGAGUUGAAGAGCGGUGAGCUGUACAGAGGAAGCUUGAUCGAGUGCGAGGAUAACUGGAACUGUCAGCUCGAGAACAUCACCUAUACGGCCAAGGAUGGUAAGGUAUCCCAGCUUGAGCAUGUUUUCGUUCGAGGUAGCUUAGUGAGGUUUAUAGUCAUACCAGACAUGCUAAAGAAUUCUCCAAUGUUCAAGGAUACUAAGGGCAAGGGAAAGAGCUCUUCCUUAGGUCUAGGCAGAGGUAGGGGUGUUGCAAUGCGAGCCAAAGGUACUGGGCGUGGAACAAGAGGAGGAAGGGGAGCUGUGCCACCUGUUAGGAGAUAAUUUACUUAACCCCUUGAAACGUUGCUUCAACCCUGAGACAAUCUCUGCAGUUUCCAGGAGAAUCUGCCAUCUUCAGCUAGUUCAUUUUUAUGCAAUUAUUGUACACAGUAAAAUCUCUAACAAGAAGACAGGAAGGGAAGAAAGAAAGAGAGAAAGAGGGAGUAGUUAUGUGUUUUGGUUUAUUAGUAAGUAAGAGGUUUGAUGAAACGUUGUCUAUGUGUUUUUUAGCAUACGGUCAUUUUGAGAACUCCCACAUCUCUUGUAGAACAGAGCACCAUGUAGAAUUCUAUAUUGAUAAGCAAAUUAAGACUCAUUCUACAACUA